AUGGUGCACUGCUACCUGCGGGACGCCAGCAGCCUGGUGCAAUGCUCUCCCUCGACGAGCUACCUAGUGCCGCCAUCGCGGCCGAUACGCCGGAGAGGCGCGGCGGUGGAGACGCGCGCUGCCAAGGAGGCUGGCCCACCCAAGCCCAACCCGCGGUUUAGCCGCAAGGACCUGAAGCGCAUCAAGCAGCAGGGGCCCACCAUGGCGGACCUGCAGGCGCACUUUGAGGUGCCCUCCAAGGAUGCCGAGGGGCAGGAGAGCAGCGCCAAGUUCGACUUUGUGCCCAAGGAGGUGCUGGGGCAGGGGGCAGGGUACGCGCCUGAGCCGCGGUGGGAGCGGCUGCCGCAGAUGCCCUACAUGGAGUUCUACCAGGGCCUGCGGGAGCGCAACUGGACCACCAAGCACUACAACCCGGCGGCAGAGAAGUGGGACCUCCAGUUCUUCCAGGACAGCGGCCGCUUCCUGCGCCCCGGCUUUGACGGCUACCGCGUGCUGGUGACCAAGGCUGGUGGGCAGCAGUGCUGGGUGAGCCUGGAUGAGGAGGGGGCCCCCACCUUCCUGCACGACUACCGCUCAGGCGGCGGCAAGGGCGCCAUCCACCAGGCCAAGCGCGAGAGCCAGGAACUGGGGCACCCCGCACAGUACGGCUACAACCAGGUGCUGGAGCAGCUGUUCCAGGCGCACGAGCAGCGGCUCAGCCGGCGGGCGGAGGCCGAGUACUACGGGCAGGGGUGGGUGGACCGGCGCGGCCACCGCUACUCGUGCCCCGCCGAGCGCCACCUGGCGCUCUCCUUCCACCAGACGCCUCAGGAGUUCAGCCUGUGGCACGUGUAUGACAAGCUGCCCCAGUUCCUGUUCUACACCUUUGGCAUCUCCUUCCUGGGAGUCGCCCUGGCCAUCGGCAUCUUCCGGCCACGCAAGCAGAUGCCUGUGGACAUGUUCCAGGCCAUGGAGUUUGCCCAGUCCAAGGGCAACGCGCGGCGCGACGGCUCCACGGGGGUCACCUUUGCGGACGUGGGCGGGCUGGGCAACACGAUCCAGGACAUGAUGAAGGUGGUGGAGGUGGCGGUGGCGGUGGCGGCAGUGCUGCUGGUGCAGGUGGGCUGA